AUGCUGCCCCACAUGAGCAGGUGCUGCCUCGCAUCAGCUGGUGCGUGCAUGGUGCUAACUCUCCACGAUGCACCCAUGCGCGCAUCAGUGGUGCGUCGACUGGUGAGCGGUCCAGAGUGCAACCGCUGCAGCGCGGACGAGCAUGGAGGAGGGUUCAAGCAGGGGGGUUUGCGCACGGACCUCUGCUUUCCUGGCACGUGUGGGCGGCUGUGUUUGCCGUGGCUGCUGCUCUCAGCAGCAGCAGUGUCCGUUUUUGCCGCCCGGUUGCAGCGUCCGUCUUGCCAAGCCAAUGUAUGUUCUACCAGCAUUCCGUUUCUCCUCCCCCUUCUGUUCCUCUUCCUCCUAGUCUCCUCCACCCUCUUUCCUUUCCUUCCCGUGCCAAUUCCCUCGUAUCCAGAAGCUUUUCACUCAUUCCCCUGUACCUCUUUCCCAUCCUCCCAAUCUCCCCCGCCCUACUUCCCUCCCCUCAUUUCCCUGUGCCUCUUCUUUCCCAUCCCCCCCCUUACUUCCCCCUACUUCCCUCACUUCCCCCUCGCAUUCACCUACCCACGCCCGUCAGGGCAAGUGCUGGAUGCGCUGAAGGCGGCGUGGGGAGGAGAAGGAGCGUUCCCAGCAGCGGCCACGUGGACAGCGGGAGCCAUGUGCCAGACGCUGCUGGGCGUGACCUGUGAUGCGAGCGGCGAGAACAUCCUUGGCCUUCCCCAUGUGCCAUCGGAGUCCCCAUGUGCCAUCGGAGUCCCCAUGUGCCAUCGGAGUCCCCAUGUGCCAUCGGAGUCCCCAUGUGCCAUCGGAGUCCCCAUGUGCCAUCGGAGUCCCCAUGUGCCAUCGGAGUCCCCAUGUGCCAUCGGAGUCCCCAUGUGCCAUCGGAGUCCCCAUGUGCCAUCGGAGUCCCCAUGUGCCAUCGGAGUCCCCAUGUGCCAUCGGAGUCCCCAUGUGCCAGCAGCUUCUUUCGACAUGUCGCACAAACACUCCCAAUGUGUGCGCCGUGCUUCUUCUUUUCUUCCCGUGUCCCUCAUCGCAUCUUGUCCCUCCCUCGUCUACCCCGUGCUGGGCAGUGCUGCGAGUGCUGUGUGUGCUGUGGGUGCUGUGCUGUAG